AGGGGGCGAGAGGUAGUAGUGUGUAGUGGGUGCAGAACUGCAGCAGCGCAGCACCGAGCAGGGAGGGAGGGGGCGACCCGGAGUCUUUGAAAGGAUAGAGGGCGAUGACCACACCGGCAGGCUCUGGCACAGGCUUCGGCUCCGUGUCCUGGUGGGGCUUGUCCCCAGCGCUGGACCUGCAGGCUGAGAGUCCUCCUGUGGACCCAGAUUUGCGGGAGGAUACAGAGCACACGACCCCCGAGCUAGAUGUACUGCUGGUGGGAUCCGUGGAUGGGCGGCACCUGCUUCGGACUCUGGCCCGCGCAGCUCUCUGGCCUCGCAGGAGGUUACAUUUCUAUGUGCUUGAGAAUAAUCUGGAAGCUGUGGCCCGACACAUGCUGAUCUUCAGCCUAGCCUUGGAGGAACCUGAGAAGAUGGGGCUGCAAGAGAGGAGCGAGACCUUCCUGGAGGUGUGGGGGAACGCGUUGCUGCGCCCCCAGGUGGCCGCCUUCGUGCGCGCGCAGGCCGACCGCCUGGCGCGCCUGGUCCCGGAGCCCCACCGCCUGGCGGAGCAGCUGCCCUGGCUCAGCCUGAGCGCCCUCAAGUUCCGCGAGCGCGACGCGCUGGAGGCUGUGUUCCGCUUCUGGGCCGGCGGGGAGAAGGGUCCUGAGGUCUUCCCCAUGAGCCGCCUCUGGGACUCCAGGCUGCGUCACUACCUGGGCUCCCGUUACGACGCCCGGCGCGGUGUCAGCGACUGGGAUUUGCACAUGAAGCUGCACGACCGCGGGGCCCGAGUCAUCCACACUCGCGAGUUCCGGCGUUGGAGGGACACAGGCGUCGCCUUUGAACUCAGAGACUCCAGCGCCUACCACGUGCCCAACCGGACCCUUGCGUCUGGCCGCCUCCUGAGCUAUCACGGGGAGCGUGUCGCUACUCGCGGGUACUGGGGGGACAUUGCCACGGGACCAUUCGUGGCCUUUGGCAUCGAAGCGGACGAUGAGAGCCUCCUGCGGACCAGCAACGGACAGCCAGUCAAGACCGCGAGUGAGAUCACCCAGCACAACGUGACGGAGCUGUUCCGAGAGGUGGCCGCCUGGGGGCGCCCGACAGCCAACCACGGAACCCCUGAGCAGGUGCACGGCGAGGGCCCUGGAAGCCCGGAGCGCGGUAAGCGCGCUGCCCCUUCCCCGGAAUUCACCGUUCACUUCCUGCCUCUCGGCUCUGCCCAAACCCUUCACCACAAGAGCUGCUACGAGGGACGGUUCCAGCUUCUCUACGUGGCCUGUGGGAUGGUGCAUCUUCUCAGCCCUGACCUCGGGGCUUGCGUGGCUCCCGGAGGACACCUGAUCGUGGAAUUAGCCCGGUACCUGGUAGACCUGCGGCAAGAGCAGCUGCAGGGGUUUUCCGCCCGGGCCGGGGAGCUAGCUCAGGCGGCUGGAUUCACCCCGCAGAACCAGGACAGGCCCUCUGAGACCUUCGCACGCUUCUACAAGUCCGGGGACUCUGCUUGCCUCCGCAGCCACGCCGCUGUGCAAUCCACGACUCCGCCCCCUGGCGCCCUGGCCCCGCCCUCUGUACAAUCCGCGACUCCGCCCCCUGGCGCCCUGGUCCCGCCCCCUGUACAAUCCGCGACUCCGCCCCCUGGCGCCCUGGUCCCGCCCGCUGUACAAUCCGCGACUCCGCCCCCUGACGCCCUGGUCCCGCCCCUUGAGGCAAGGAACCCGCCCCCGGAGGGCCUGACCCAGCCUUCGGAAGGCAAGACCCCACCCUCUGAGCGCCUCAAACUACCCUCAGAGUCUCGGGCUUCACUCUCAGAGGUUCAGGCUCCGCCCACAGGGAGUCAGACCCCAAAACCAGAGAGUCUACCCCGACUGCCAGAUACCCAGCCCCCCAUCUCUGACCUCUAGUCAGGUCCCGGAAGUAGAGCCCGCCUGUAGAAUACUCAGUUACACUCUCAACAUUCUCAAUCAGCUUCAGAGGUGUUGCUAGAAUUUCAGAUUACAUUCCUGGGAUGCUAUAGUCUGUUCUUAGAAUUCUAGAUGGUUCUCUCAGAGUUCUCCAUUUCAUUCCUGAGCCUCUACACACAGUCUGGCGAUCUGGCCCUGAGGCUCGGGCCCUCUGUGUGGUCCCCUUGUCGCCAGAGGUCCUGUUUUAACUGGGGUUUGGGGUGGUCUGCUCUCAAGGGCUAGUCAGCACCCACAUGGUCCAAGUAAAGAGAGUGGGGUCCUCUUC